AUGGAAUCCUUUGAACAUCGUGUGGCUCGACAAAGCAGGGUUGUUGUUCACGAACAUGUUACUGCUCUCGUAGAGGACGCCGACGAUGUAAAACGGCGGGAACUGUUUGCGAACGACUUGCCGGAAAGAAUGGCGGAAGUCGGUUGCUGGACUUCAGUCCGGUUGGCCCAUGAUGGUGGACGUCAACUGCUCGAGGAGAACGACUCCAAGGAUGCACGUUCGUCUGCGACGGCAAGACUGCGAGCUGCUCGCUAUUUGAAUGAGGGAAAAAUGGUUCUGUUCAGGUACGAUUUAUGCAAGAGAGAGGGGAACCACCUUCCGCACAAACACAAGGACACGGAAAUUGACCCCUACUUCAAUCUGCCCGGCUUCCCGGAUUCCUGCAAUUUCCACGUCACUCAUCUCCACCGCUUCCUGAGGGCCGCCGACGGCACAGAUCCCUGGUCCAGAUUCUUCCAGCCGCAGCUUGGAUCCUCCCUCGACUCCUUCGGGUGGCUCUGCAACACGGCUGAGGAGAUGGAGCCGUUGGGGCUAGACAUCCUCAGAAGAUACACUAAUCGCCCUGUCUGGGGCAUCGGCCCACUUAUUCCCCGAGGAAUGACAUCGUCCGGCGUAAUCGGGCAGCACACGGGUCGUGAGCCCGGAGUGCCAACGGAGACCUGCCUCCGGUGGCUCGACUCCCACCAGCCGAGAUCCGUCCUCUACGUAUCAUUCGGCUCCCAGAACAGCAUCGGCCAGCAGCAGAUGAUGGCGCUGGCGGAGGGCCUGGAGGACAGCGGGCGGCCGUUCGUGUGGGUGGUGAGGCCUCCGGUGGAGUUCGACGUGCGCGGGGAAUUCCGAGCGGAUCAGUGGCUCCCGCGGGGGUUCGAGGAGAGGGGACAGGGACUGGUAGUGCGGGGGUGGGCCCCGCAGCCGGAAAUACUGUGCCACGGGUCGACGGGGGCGUUUGUGAGCCACUGCGGGUGGAACUCGAUUGUGGAGAGCCUGAGCCAGGGGGUGCCGCUGGUCGGGUGGCCGCUGGCUGCAGAGCAGGGUUACAAUGCGAAGAUGCUGGUGGAGGAGAUGGGGGUGUGCGUGGAGCUGACGAGGGGGGUGGAGAGUAGGAUAGAGAGGGAGCAGGUGAGAGAUGUGAUAGAGAGGGUGAUGGGGGAGGGGGAGGAGGGUGAGGGGCUGAGGAGGAGAGCCGGGGAGAUUAGGGACAUCAUAACAAGGGCUGUGGCCAUGGACUCGGAGGAGAAGGAGGGCGGGUCGUCCGUUAAGGCAUUGGAUGAUUUUGUCACGGCACUACUCUUGUCUCACCAAAAAAAACCAGAUUCUGCCUCAUGA